AUGGAGGGUUUUUCUAGAUUCAUGGACAGAGUAGCUAAUCAAGGCCUAUUUAGUGGCUUCUAUGUUUCACCCAAAAAUAUCAUAGUCAAUCACCUUCAUUAUGCAGAUGACACUAUUUUCUUUGUCGAUAACAAAAAGGAGGAGUUACACAACUUGUUUUCUGCAUUGCAUUGUUUUGAGUUUAUUGUCGUCCUAAAGGUAAAUACUUAUAAAACUCGCCUCAUUGCUAUUGGAGAUGUUCUUCACCUAUCUACUUGGGCAGAAGAAUUCAUCUGUUCAACUGAUUGUUUAACAUUUAUGUAUUUGGGGAUGCCACUUAGUGCAAAGUCUGGUUCAAAACUAAUAUGGGAUCCAAUUAUAGAGAAGUUUGAUGCUAGGUUAUCUGUGUGGAGGAGAAUAUCUUUAUCUAGAGGACGUAAACAGUUAAUCAAUAUCACAAUAUAUGAUGAAUCAGAACGAAUAAGAAAGCAGAAGAAAGAAUAA